AUGGAGGGUGAAGAGAGAGAAAACCUGGAUCAUGACAAGAACCUCACUGAAGUGAAUGAGCUGAAAGGCAAGGUGGAGGCUCACCUGUCUUCAGUCUCCGCAGAUGAUGCUACUCCUGCAAGAUCUGACGCUGGUGGAUCACGUUCAAGCAAGUCAUGUGCCGGCAGCGAAGUAAAGGCACAGGUUGUGCUCAUGAAGCUCAAGAUGCAGCAGGACAGAGCAGAGCUGGAAGCAAGAGCUGCAAUGAGUAGUAGAAGGCUGCAUCUGAAGCAAAAACAAGAACAGCUGCUGCUGGAGCAAGAACAACUGGAUAUAGAAACAGAAAUGAACAUAAAUGAAGCCAAGCUGAGGGUGGUUGACCAGUUUGAUGUUGACAGAGAGGAGGGAGCAAGUCAAGACCCAAGUGAUGAAGUUGGACCUGGUGCAAAGGAGGAGAAUACUGAAGUGGUCACUGGAACUGGAGCAGUACCAAGAAAUGAUGUCUCCAUUGAUGCUGCAGUCCAAGUGAAGGAUAAUGUCCAAGGCACAGGAAGAAAUGACAAGACAGUGACAGCCAAUGGUCGAGUGGAGGAUGAUGAACCCAGCACUCAAGCAGCACUACACAGACUGGCAGAUCUGCUUACUGAGCGACACAAUGGUAGUAGGCUUCCCGUGCUGGAACCAGGCACCUUCAGUGGCAACAUUGAGGAGUUUCCAAUGUGGCUGAAGUCUUUUGAAACCUAUAUUGAACAUCAGACAUCCUCUCCCAUCGAACGCCUUCACUUUCUAGGAAAGUACACAGCGGGUGAAGCCAAGACAGCCAUCCUGGGCCUGCUCCACCUGAGGACAGAUGAGGCUUACUCGCAGGCGAAGGCGAGACUGAACGACAGGUUCGGAAACGACUUCAUCAUAUCCAACACGUAUCGCAUGAAGUUGAGGAGCUGGCCCGCAAUCAAAAAUGAAGAUGGUCGUGCUCUCAGAGAUUAUGCUGAUUUCCUCGAGCACUGCCAAGCGGCAGCUGCGGGUCCUCUUCGCCACCUAGGAAUCCUGGAUGACUACCUGGAAAUUCAGAUGAUGGUGAAGAAGCUGCCCAAGUACCUGGUGGACAGAUGGAAGAGGGAGGUGGACAAGUGGCUCUACGAUGAAAAGGGCGUUGCUAAAAGGAGACAUCCACCGUUCUCAGAGUUUGUCCGUUUUGUUGGCAUCGAAGCCAGGAUUGCUUGCGGACCAGUGGAUGUACCCAAGUGUGAAGAAACGCGGCAAGCCCCACAGAAGACACAGAGUAAGGCCAGGACUUUCAUGUCCACAACGGGUGUGAAGAGGGCCAAUGGAGGAACUCAAGUGGACACAAGGAAGCCUUCAACAUGCGAACUGUGUCAACACCAGCACAAGAUAAGCGACUGCGACACCUUCAAAAGGAUGACUGGAACUGAACGGAACAGCAAGGUCAACGAGCUGGGACUGUGUCGAGGCUGCUUAAGAAGAGGACACAGGUGGAGGGAAUGCCGCUCAAGAUGCAAGUGUGAUGAGUGUGGCAGGUGGCACCCUACGAUUCUGCAUGAUGAGUCACUUCUCAAGAAAGCUGAGGUUCAGCCUGAAGGCCAACGGAGGACGUCCCACGCGGCACCGCAGGCGACUUCAUUCUGCUCGGGCUCUGUGUCAGAUGCUGAAGGAGGAGGCUGCUGUCACUCACUGGUGGUGCCAGUGCUACUGAGUCAUGUUGACAACCCGGAACACAGCGUGCUGGUGUAUGCUGUACUGGACGCUCAGUCUGAUGCCUGUUUUGCUUCAGAGCCUGUUUGUGAAGCCCUGAAAGUCGACGGAAGAGCCACGAAACUGGAGCUGAGCACUAUGACGGGGAAGUCGGUCAUCAGCAGCCGAGCGGUACAGGGUCUGGUGAUCCAGCCCCUGACAGCAGAUGAAGCCAUCAGACUGCCAUCAACCUACACUCGUCCUGAAAUCCCAUGCUCCAAGAAGGUCGUUCCUAAAAGGGAGACAGCCAUGAAGUGGAAGCAUCUGGAGAGAGUAGCCAGUAAAAUGCCGGAGUUCUUCCCUGACGCACCAGUGGCUCUGCUUUUGGGGACCAACUGUUCACGCGCCAUCAAGCCACUGGACGUGGUUUCUGGUAAGGACGACGAGCCCUGGGCGAUCCGAACCCACCUGGGGUGGGGCAUCGUUGGCUGUCUCGGUGGGAGCAACGACCCGGACGCGACGUGUCAUCUGGUGGACACUAGCGAUGGUCACCCCAAACGUUGUCAUUUCGCAUUCAGAUCGCAGGUGCGCGAGGUGAGCCCACUGGAGGUGCUGAAGGUGCUCGAAUCCGACUUCCAGGAGACUGGCCGAGAGGAUAAGACAGCUUUAUCGAUCCAGGAUCAACAGUUUGUGAAGAAGAUGAGUGAGGGACUCGAGCACCGCGAGGAUGGCCAUUUUCAGAUGCCGCUGCCACUGAAGAAUGACAAAGUGUCCAUGCCAAACAACAAGACAGUCGCCAUGCAAAGACUCAAAGGACUGAAGGCGAAGCUGGUGAGAAACGAGGCCUACAGACACGACUACACCGGCUUCAUGGCGGCGACGUUAGAGAAGGGCUACGCAGAGAAAGUCCCCAGUGAAGAACUGGAGCUGGAUGAUGGCAGGGUUUGGUACAUUCCGCAUCACGGGGUGUACCACCCACAAAAGAACAAGAUUCGAAUCGUAUUUGACUGCAGUGCAGAGUUUCGGGGCCACGUGCUAAACAGCCACCUCUUACAGGGACCGGACCUCACAAACAGUCUCACCGGAAUCCUGUGCCGAUUCCGUAAGGAGCCUGUGGCGGUUUCCUGCGACUUGGAGGCAAUGUUCAACCAAGUGGGAGUCGACGUCAGGGAUCGCAACUUGCUCAGGUUCCUGUGGUGGGAGGAUGGAGACUUGAAAAGAGACCCAACUGAAUACCGGAUGAAGACUCACCUAUUCGGUGCCACCUCGUCACCCGCGUGUGCAAUGUUUGCACUCAGAGCUGCUGCUGAUUGUCAGCGAGGUGACACUGAAAGAGAGGCCGCCGACUUUAUGAAAGGUGAUUUCUAUAUUGACGACGGUCUCAUCUCUGUACCAGACGCCGAGACAGCGGUCAAACUGAUUGACACGACCAGAAAGCUCUGCGCACGUGGAGGCUUCACUGUUCACAAGAUCCUCUCGAACAGCAUUGAUGUCGUGAAGUCGGUGCCGAUGGAGAGUCGCUGCGCUGGACUUCGGAGUCUAGAUGUCGGUUCCGGUGAUCUUCCCGUUGAGCGGACUCUGGGAAUCGACUGGGACACGGACACCGACAUGUUAUCCAUCCACGUCACGCCGAGAGUCAGAGAAGUGACCAGAAGAGGAAUACUAUCAGUAGUAAGUUCGUUUUUUGAUCCACUGGGCCUGGUGUCUCCUUUCAUCUUGAGAGGGAAAUUGCUACUGAGGGAGCUGUGUCGUGAGGGCUGCGGAUGGGACGAUCCUGUGCCCAGCGAUGUGGCUGACGCAUGGAAGGAGUGGAUGGAGAGUAUGUUGGCUCUGAAGAUCGUGAGUGUUCCACGAUGCUAUGUGGAAGGUGGGCUGCAGGACAAGAUGACUGUAGAGCUGCAUCAUUUCUCCGACGCCAGCGCUGUGGGCUACGGGCAGUGCAGUUACGUGAGGACGGUUGACCAAAAUGGACUGGUCAACUGUUCACUGAUCAUCAGCAAGGCUCGUGUGGCACCAACCAAGCCGGUUACGGUGCCAAGGCUCGAGUUGACCGCUGCCGUACUCUCUGUGAGGAUGAGCAAGUUCCUCCAGGACGAACUGAAGCUGCAGCACCUACAAGAGUUCUACUGGACAGACAGUAAGGUGGUCUUCGCCACAGCAGUGCGGGAGGAGUUCGCUGGAAUUCCGAAGAGGCUCGAGUACUUCUCUAGCUGGUUGCGAGCCAAGCGAGCAGUAGCGACGUGCGUCCUGAGUGCCAUGAGAAAGUCGGACAUGCUGGGCGAGGUCUCACUCUCGCUCGACUGA